AUGGCUCACUAUGACCAGUCCGCAAUUGCAGAAUGGAGGAAGUUGCGGGAUAUGUCCUGUUGCACUGACCCAACUGUCACCCCCAAAGAUAGGCCGAACAUGUCUCAACAGGCAUUGGUGUUUCACGAUAGUUUGACCCGUUUCGUCCUUCCCCUUUGUUCGGCUAUGAGUGACCGACCAAAUCCCUCAACGCCCAUCGGCAACGCAGUUUAUAUCGUAGACGCAUCUGUGGUAUGCGUAAAACAAGCAUGGAACCUGAAAGACUUUGCACAGGAAGUCAGUUGGAUACUGAUGACAUGCUACCCAGAAACCAUUGAGCGUAUCUUUGUCUGCAACGUUCCGUCAUAUUUCUCCAUGAUAUGGAACAUCUUUAAGAAAUGGGUGGAUCCUGUUACAGCAGCCAAGGUGGUGAUCUUGAAGCAAUCAGAGGUUUAUCGGACUCUAGAGAGGUUUAUUGACAAAGAGAAUAUUCCGGCGAAAUUCGGAGGCGGUUUUGCGUUCCAGAAUGGAAUGCUCCCAGACCUUGACCCUGGCAUUCGUCAGCGCCUGCAGUGGACUACGCCAAGUCAAUGCAUACCAUCUGGUCCUGUUAAGUGGAUGCAGGCUGAUGGUGGCAGGAGGAUUGCAGUUGCCACUGGGAGUGUGGACGUGAACGUACCAAGAAAUGUUGAAAUCGCAGCGCUAUUAUGA